CGUGGGAGCAGUACCACUGAAUGAGGUUCCAGUCUGAAUCUAUUGGACAUUGUUGAAGGUUUUCAGAUGAAGACUGGUUGAGAGGAGGGUGCUGAGCCUGGUGUUUGUUUGGCCGCUGUGUGGUGCUGUGGAGCAGCCGGGCUGCGUUCGGGGCAUGGGGACGGCUGCAGGAGCGUAGCCGGGACAUCAGUGGAAAGGUGACCUCAGUAGGCCUCAAACAGACUCAGAGUGGACUCGUGUUACACCUGAAUGCAGAAAUACAUGACUACUUGAAGGAUUCUCAUUUCAAAGUGAGUUUGCCUCACACAGAAUUUAUUGUCUAUGCAGCAACCUCUGUCUUCUGGACAUGGAGCAUCUCUGCAGAAGAGCAGUACUGCUCCAGAAUGUCAUCAGCAAGUGCCCAAUAAAGCACCACUUAGAUCAACUGCUGGACAGUAUGACUUCAUCAAUUACCAGAACAACUACCAGUCGUCUGUCCACAACAUCAUCAGACCUGUUUGUCCUAUGUCAUUGGGUGAUACUCAAGAACCUGAACAAAUGUACACCACUCUUUCGAUGGAUUCUUCACUGAUUGUACCACGUGGUCCUAACAUGAUCACUGCUAGACCACAAUCAGAGCAGGCAUUUUUAAGCACUCCUCAGCAAGCAAGCUACAUUACAAGUGAUGAACACUACUGUAGUCAAGUUCCUCACAAUGUACCUUCUCAAAGUACUACUCAGGUUUUUCCACCCCAUUCCGCUCCUAUUAACCAUACUUAUCCUGGUUUCUCUUAUCAAACUACGUCUGUUUUCAGCACCCAAUAUAAUGCUCCCUUAACCUCACAACAUCCUGCUACCAGUCAGCCUUCACUUAAUGCCUUGUCCUGUCAAACAAAGGCAUUGCCAAAAACUGGGCAGGGGCAUACCCAGCCAUCUUUUCAAUCUUGCCAUGCUGGAACUACUGGCGCUUCUUGGCAUCCCUUAGCUGGAGCAUCGACGACAAUACCAACUGGUCCUUCUGACAAUCCUGUUAUCUUUCCUUCCAGUGCAAGUAGCCAAACAAGUAAAGGCUCUCCCCUUUCAAUGCCUCAUCAUAUCAACCAAAGUUAUCCACCUGGCAGACCAAAUGUAGCGAAACCUCCAGUUGCUGCGGCACCUUUUGCACGAUGGCCACCACCUUCAGCUGAUCGACUUAUUUCAGCUUCUGCAACACCAGCAUCUGGUUCAGAGGCACAGGAUGGCAUGCACUGUGGAUAUGUUUCUAAUACUCAAGUUAAUUCAGCACCAAGUCCCUUGUCAUCAACUUCAGAUGAUGAGGAUGAUGAUGAUGAAGCAGGUGUGGACUCUUCCUCCUCCUCUUCAUCAUCCACUAACACAUCACUUCCCAACAACUACGAUAGUUUGGAAGGUGGAAGCAAUCAAGGCUUGUCAUCUUCAGCCACUAAAGCCCCUGCUCCAUCUGAUCCAAGUUCAUCGAUAACUACUAAACAGUUUGGUGAUGCAUAUCCAACUCUCCAACCACCUUACCUGAAGAUAGCUUCUCCAUUGCAUUCUGUGGGGCAGCCAACCAGUCCAGGAUAUCCACCAGGAAUUCAACAGUUUACACAGCCAUUUUCCAAUGUUAAUCAGUUGUCAUCAAGCAUGGAGGGGCUAUCCUUUCAGAAUAAGCAGCAGAGUGAAGCUCUGAAGCAAGUCAGUCUUCUUCAAGAGCAUAAUAUUCUUCCACCUGUUCCAAUCCAGUGCCCUCCAUCCAGUUUAAGUCCAGAACUAAGAAAGCUUAAUUGCAGUCCAGACUUAUUCCGGUGCACCCUGAUGAAUGUUCCUCAGACCCAGGCUUUGCUGAACAAAGCAAAACUUCCCCUUGGGUUAUUACUUCAUCCUUUCAGAGACCUGACGCAUUUACCUGUGAUUACGUCCAGCACCAUUGUCAGAUGUCGAUCCUGCAGAACGUACAUUAACCCGUUUGUAUCCUUCCUUGAUCAAAGGAGAUGGAAAUGUAACCUGUGUUAUCGAGUUAAUGAUGUACCUGAAGAAUUUAUGUAUAAUCCUUUGACACGCUCAUAUGGUGAACCACAUAAACGACCGGAGGUUCAAACUGCAACUGUGGAAUUUAUUGCUUCUUCGGAUUAUAUGUUACGACCUCCUCAACCUGCUGUCUAUCUCUUUGUUUUUGAUGUUUCCCAUAAUGCUGUGGAAUCAGGAUAUCUGAACAUUUGUUGUCAGUCAUUGUUAGAAAACUUAGACAAGUUACCUGGGGAUUCAAGGACCAGAAUAGGAUUUAUUACAUUUGACAGCACUGUUCACUUCUUCAACUUGCAGGAAGGGUUGUCACAGCCUCAAAUGUUGAUUGUGUCAGAGAUUGAAGAUAUCUUCGUACCGACUCCUGACAGCUUGUUGGUAAAUUUACAUGAAAGCAAGGAGCUUGUUAAAGAUUUACUGAAAGUGCUGCCCACAAUGUUCACUAGCACAAGAGAGACCCAUAGUGCACUGGGGCCAGCUCUGCAGGCUGCAUUUAAACUUAUGUCUGCAACAGGAGGACGCAUAUCUGUGUUCCAGACACAGCUGCCAUCUAUUGGUGUGGGUCAGCUUUUUUCAAGAGAAGAUCCUACCCAGCGAUCCACCAUAAAGGGGGCGCUGCAUCUUGGUCCAGCCACAGACUUUUAUAAAAAGUUUGCUUUGGAUUGCUCAGGCCAGCAGGUGGCAGUGGAUCUCUUUCUGCUGAGUGGACAAUAUUCUGACUUGGCUUCACUUGCUUGUAUGUCAAAAUACUCUGCUGGAUCAGUGUUCUACUAUCCAUCAUUCCAUCACAUUCACAAUCCUGCCCAAGUAGAGAAGUUUCAGAAAGACCUCAAACGUUACCUCAUUAGAAAAAUUGGCUUUGAAGCGGUUAUGAGGAUACGCUGUACAAAAGGUCUUUCAAUUCAUACUUUCCAUGGAAACUUCUUUGUGCGUUCCACUGAUCUGCUAUCUCUUGCUAAUAUAAACCCUGAUUCAGGAUUUGCAGUGCAGAUGUCUAUUGAUGAAAGUCUGGCAGACUCAUCUAUUGUAUGUUUUCAGGCUGCUUUGCUUUACACUUCAAGCAAAGGUGAGCGUCGGAUUCGAGUGCAUACUUUGUGUUUACCUGUUGUGAGUUCUGUGGCCGAAGUUUACACAGGAGCAGAUGUGCAAGCUAUUACUUGCCUUCUAGCCACUAUGGCUGUUGACCGAUCUGUUUCCUCAAGUCUAUCUGAUGCCAGAGAUGCCUUGAUAAAUGCUGUGGUAGAUUCCUUAUCUGCGUAUCGUUCCACAGUUUCUAAUCUCCAGCAAUCUGUUCUGGUGGCUCCAAACUCCCUCAGGCUGUUUGCCCUUUAUAUUCUGGCUCUGUUGAAACAGCAAGCAUUUAGAACUGGCUCCAGCAUUCGAUUGGAUGAACGGAUGUUUGCCAUGUGCGAGAUGAAGACUCAGCCUUUAGUUCAUCUGAUGCUUAUGAUUCAUCCACACUUGUACAGAAUAGACAAUCUGUCUAAUGAGGGUUCCAUCACUGUUGGUGACAAAAUUAUUCCUCAGCCACCUAUUAUGCAACUUUCUGCAGAAAGACUAUCAAAAGAGGGUGCUUUCUUGAUGGAUUGUUAUUCUGUUAUGUACCUCUGGAUUGGCAAAAAUUGCAGCAGCAGCUUUAUAAAUGAGGUGCUCGGAUUUUCUAGCUAUGCUUCUGUUCCACAAAAUCUGUAUCAGCUACCAGAAUUGAAUACAGUGUUAUCUCAAAGAGUUAACAGUUUUGUUUCCUGGCUUCGAGAUAGCAGACCAUUUCUAUCGAUUAUUUAUGUUGUGAAGGAUGAUGCUCCUUUCAAAACAAACUUCUUUCAGAAGUUAGUGGAGGACAGAACAGAAACUGCAUUAUCAUAUUAUGAGUUUCUUCUUCACAUUCAGCAACAAAUCUGCAAGUAACAUUUACGGUUCAUGAGCUGGAACUGAUCAGUGAUCGUCUUGUUUCUUUGUUGUGGGGAGGGUUGGGGCAGUACGGGCAUUUGAAGCAGGAAUGCAUUUAGCUUGGAAAAAGGAUUUUACAUUGACCUACAGUGACGCGAAUAUUUUCAAACAGUGUUUCAGUCCUGAUGAGAGUUUUACAUUGACAGUUGGAAUAUGAAAAGCUGGUCAAUAAAGUUUGCAAACCUGUGGAAUAAAUUCUUGAAGUUACAAGACUGUAAUGCAUACGUCUGUGCUACAAUAAAGAUUAAAAUGCCAUUGUCAUUGUAGAAUCAUAAUAAUGGCAUUAAAGAAUGGGCUUGAAUGUUUUAUUCUAGAUGGAGCAGGAGCAUAGAGGCCUUGUUACCUAAUACAACAUUUGAUUUAUUUAUUGCCAUGUAUAAGCCCCUUUUUACAGUUUUGUUAAUUUUGAUCCUAUUAAUUUUCUUGUAUGUAAUGUAUCAGUGUAUAUGUUGAUUUUUUUUUCCAUUGGUGUUGGCAGUGUGUAGAAGUGAUGACUGUAAAUGUAGGAGUUUCUCCUGGAUGGCUAGCAAAUGCAGUCUGCAUUAAGAUCACUUGUAAGGCUGUUGAAUGUGGUUUCAAAAUGCACAUUAUAAAAUUCAGUGUGUAUAUAGAAAAUAAUUUUGUAAUGUAUGAGAAAUAUCAACCUAAUUUUUGGUUGAAUUAAAAGGGAAAGAAUAAACUGUAUGCAACAGUGUUGAACGUUUUGUGAUCAAAUUCCUCCUGGCCCACGCAGACCAUUCAGGACUUGAGGAUCUGAAUGCAGGUAUUCUGUGUUGUCGUUCAGUUCAAACAGCAAGUGCGCUGUCAUGUUUUUUAACAAACAUUUUUUGUAAUUUUGUUUUUUCAUCUUUGUGUGGAAUUAAAAGUGCUCUGUUGGGUUUUCAUUUUUUGCUUUAUUUGUUUAUAUUUCAAGCUUGUAUUGCAAGGGCAAAUCUAAUGGAUGGGUCAUUUUAAAUCUACUGCCUCACACAAUCAACACUCCACAUUAUGGUCGGCUGAAGUCUCGAGAAACAAAAAAAAUUGAAUGUGUGCAACAGCUCUGUAACUAAAUAAACGUAUAGGAUGUAAAGGGAAGCUUAGAACACCAACAUAUGAAUAAAUAACUUCCUUAACUUCAAACUGUAAGAUCUGGUGUUUCCUGCUACAUAAAUUAAGCAAAAUGUCAAAUGCAGCAUCCAUGUGAUGUAUAAUGCCUAUUUUUGGAUUAGAAAAAUCUAACAAGUGCAUGAAUAAAAUAAUUUUCCAAUUGUUCCACAUCUAUGAAUGACACGUUGCAAACAUAUUGAUUUCAGAUGAGGAAUAGUCUAAAAAGAAUGUAGUAAAAGACAAUUCAUCUGAACUUGACUGGUCAAAUUAUGUCACUUAAGUCUGUCGUUCAAUAGAGAAAAUCUUGGUGAGAAGCAACUAUGGAAAACUAUGAAAUUAUUGAAUGAAAAUGUUGCAGUUCAAUAGUUUUAAAGCUUUCCAAAGUCACUUCUCACCAAAAUUCAAGGGCAUGGGUACUCAGUCAAUAGACAUCAAAGUAGGUGUCUAUUAAUGGAACAUGAGAUGCCCAGGAAUGGACUGUAUAGGGUAGUAAUUACACCAGUACGGUCAAGCUAAAUAGCUACAAAUAAUGAUGGAAAAACAUUUAAAACUGUGGCUUGUAAUUGGUCAAAAUAAAAUCGAUAAA